AUGACUGCCUCAGCGACUACUGAAGCCUCCGAUGCCGCCCAGGCCUCCGCUACACCGCAGACUCAGGUCACUCAUGGAUCAAAGGUGGUCGCAAUUACCGGUGCGAACCGCGGGAUCGGUCUAGGAAUCGCAGAAUGUUGUGAAGAGUUUGCUGCACUCACCAAGCGCUACCCAGGGAAGCUCCAUGCAUUAAUUAUUUCAGAGGCAGGGGUCUUACACGGCAUGGUGGUGAAUGCGGGACGGACGCAUCACAAGGCGGCAUUAGAUUUUACUAAAGAGGAAGUUGAGAACUUAUUCAAUGUUAAUCUCUUUGGAGCUUUGUAUACCGCAAGAGCCGCCGUAAGUGCCUUUAUUAAACUGGAGGUCAAAGGCUCUAUCGUCUUUACGGCGUCAAUGGCUUCUUAUCGUCCUAUCAAGCGAGUUCCUUCCACCCCGUACGGCGCUUCCAAAGCGGGUAUCCGGAAUGUGGCCCUUACGCUGGCCAUGGAAUGGGCUCAGCAUAGCAUACGUGUGAACAGCGUUUCCCCUAGUCUUGUUAAAACCGCUAUGACAUACUGUGUGCCGCAACAGCCGGACUGGGAGCAGCAGCUAAAGUACUAUGGUGAAAUCUGGAGAUUUGGCGAGGUGCAGGAGCUCGGUGGGGCAUACGUUUACUUUCUGAGCGAUGCGGCUAGCUAUACAACCUUCGUUGAUAUUCCUGUCAUUGGUGUUAUUAGCAGUAAGUCAUCCAGGGUUCCUCAGGUUCUCGCUCGAAGGCGCUUGAUCUGCCAUAUGCAGGAACUGAAGGUCGUUAAAGCAACGUCAUUCUCUUGUGAGAGAUAG